AUGACUCUCCGCACGCCAGCUGCCCACCUACGGAGAGCUCCGAGCUGGAGGAAAUCCGGAGAUGAGUCCUACUGGGAGAGCUUAAUACCAGAAGGAGAGGCUUUGCCCCGGGUUUCUCGUCCACCACGGCCCCAGAGUGCCAUUGAAGGACGACAGCUGGACGGCUGGCUGGAGCACCUACAGAGAAUAGAGAGGGAACUUCUCAGAGCCCCAGUUCAUGAUCAGGUUCCAGCUUUCAGUGAUCGGACAUCAUCCAUGCCUGCUCUCCAUAAAGAGGCAACCGGACGUGCCUGGAGACAGCCAGGGAUCCCCUCUUUCAGCAGGGGUUCAUCUUCAUGUGGGAGUCCCAGUCGGUGUGAGAGUUCGCUGGGCAGCCAGGAGUCCCUCCAAACAGGGUUUAUUUCUCCUCCAGAGCACAUAGGAAGCUGGGAGAGAGCUCAUAUGAUGCAGGCACCAAAGAAGGAGCAGGCUCACCUCAGUAAUAUUGCUCCAGUCAAAAUUGGGUGGCUGCCAAUCCAAAGAAGAGUGAUGAUGGUGGCUGAUGCUUGCCACCAAAAGUUUUCGGACCAAUCUGUAGGCCAGUUGAAAUUGAAACAAGCCAUCACUCCAACCUUUCAGAAGAAUCGAACAGCAGCCAACAGGCACCAUGAUGGAGAGGUGGAAAGAAGUCACAACAGUCUAAGUGCUUUGGGUGUGAAGACGUGGCAGUCACCUGACCAAGAGUCUCACAAAAUUCAACAGGUGCCAGAAAAACGAAGCUUUCCUGCUGCUGAAGGGGACAGACCUGUAGGCUGGCAAACUCUGAGGAGAGCCUGGAAUACCAAGAGGGUGUCGGCUUUCCCUGGAGGCAGUCAGUCCAACGAGCCCCCCAUAGGGACAAGCUCAGAAACCAACAGGAAGCCCCCUCUGAUGAACUCAACCAGCAUAGACCCCCACAAGCCUCCUCCUCCACAUCGAAACACUUUUGCUGAUCCCUGCAAACCACACACUCUGCUGCAAGGGACAAGCAACACCGAAACAAACAAGUCACACGCGCCUUUGCACAGGACCAGCAGUGUUCAGCCUAUAAGGGCAACCCCCCCACUGUUCACCGCCUCACAGACAAACUCCGCGGUGACAACAAUCAUCCCUCAGAACAAAGCUGGCUUCUCCUCUAUCACCAUCUCUUCUAGGAAAGUGUGCAGAUCAUCUAGUUUGCCUGGCCGAAACCCCUUUUCCAACUCCCCUUCUCCACCACUAGCCCACCAACCCAUGGACCCAAACUCCAGGCAGGUCACAGUGCAGAGGAAGGCCACUAUAGUCAAAGUCACAGAGCAAAGGAUGACUUCCGGGCCUGUCAUGAAUGCAAAAAGCACAACCUCACCAACUAGCCACGCUUUGGACACAGUGGUGCUCAGAAGAAAGGCUACCAUCAUCAAAGUGACGGAGCACACAGAGAGCUACAGUCCAGCCAAGGCAGGGGCCGGGACCCCGAGGCACCCGGAGUACAGACACAGCUACACAGAGGGAGUGUACAAUGAAGACAGCAUGUGGAGUGAGGGGAAUCAUUCACAACACACUUCACAUCACCCUGUACAAUCCACAAAGUCGCCAAACUCUGCUGUAGAAACAAAUACAUCCAACUUAAACGCAGAGCAAAAUAGUGGGACGUUACACAGAUCCUCUCUGGCGCUUUUUUUCAGCAACCCCCCUGCUAUAGCAGCCCCCGAGGUUUCCCCAGAGGCUGUUGGACAGAGAUCGGGCAGGCCUAGCAGACCACUGAGCUGCUAUGGCAAUAUGUUUGGACACACUGAGCCAAGUGAAGACAUUUUGAGACAACCAGCCAUCAGGAAAUGGAGCUUUGGGCUUCCACAAGAGACCAAUAUCAACCCUGUGAACUCUGACAGUGUCUUCAGCCGGCCGUCAUCAGCAAACGAAGCACCAGACGCACCGAACGGAGGCCAGAAAGAAAGAUGGCCGCCUGAUAAUUCAGAGAGGAGAGCGUCCCCCAGUCUGACUCUCAUCCAGGCCCCGGAUCCCAGCUCCAAUCAGUCUCAAGAGGAAGUGCUUGCCCUCAAUGCAGCUGCCAUCAUAGCAAAUAUCAAACUCCAAAGACAACUUAGUACGAAAAAAAACCCAAGUGACAGUUGUGAGAAGGUUUCUGCUGCGUCACCCCAAGGAAAUACAGAUGAAGGGAAAUGUAUGAAGCCACAUCCAGAUCAAAGAACAAUCGGGCGCCACAACCAGCCCCAUGCUGCAUUUGUUUCACUGAGUCCUGACGCUGAAAAGUCACCUCAGACUAUUUCUUUACAGAACGCACUGCAGAGGUCCAGACCGGACUUCAUCAGUCGCUCCCAGGGAAGACUGCGAGAGCUGGAGCGACGGGCGCAGGAGAGGAGUGGGCUGGCAGGUUCUGAGGACCCUCGGUCAGACGCUGCUGUCGGGCAGAGGAGAGUCCGCAGUGGCCGCUGUACCUCUCUGAACGAUAACCUUUUGAAACCCAGAGAUAGAGCCAUGACUGGGAGAGAGAUGCAGCUGAGAUCUAAGCGAACGCAAGGAGAGGGGAAGAGAAAAAAAGAGGAAGAGAAGAAGAGAGAGGUGUGUUUGACAAACAGACAGCGAGUUGAGCUUUUCAAAAAGAAACUGUUGGAUCAGAUUCUUCAAAGGAGCAACAGCUGAAAGACGAUGAAGAGA